AUGGCAAGUAAAAGUAAAAAUGUCCCUUGUGAAGGCUGUCGGGAACGGAAGAAAAAGUGCAGCUCUGGGCUACCUUGUGAUCGCUGCAAACGCCUUGGAAUCGAAUGCACCUACUACAAUCCAGCUUUGACGCAUCCUGAUCGUUUCAUUGGGACCAACAGCAAGGAACUGGAGGCUGAAGUGGAUGAGCUACAACGGAUAGCCAAUAGCUUGGAGGAUGAAAUGGAUCGGUUACAGCAACACGACUCUUCUCUUGACAGCAGUAGCCAUGACAACGACCCGAUUGAUAGCAACGGCGGCGGCAAUUUGUCCGAUGCCGUGUCAACUACGGAGGAAUUGUCCGAGAUAACCGAGCCCGUUGAUCUUGUAAAAGUCAAUGAUAGCAUGCCAUUGCAGUGGCACAUGUCUCUUGGAAAAUAUGGUCUUUCGUUGGAGACAGAUAUCCAGUCUUUUGACGAUUUAUUGCAUCAAGUGCGGAUCUUCGGUCAAGCUCUUUUGCGGGGUAGAAAACCACCAUCCUCAACAAUGAAAAAUGGCAGCAACACAUCUCCAAGUCAGCAAUCUACCACCAUGCUACGGCGUUAUCCGAUAUUUACUCCAUUACGACGAGCGAAUUAUCGAGCAAAGUUGCGUUGCGUGAGCAUGAAUGAAAAAGACGACACACCCGAGACACCUACCAGCGAUACUACAACUACUACAACUACUACUACAACAAUAGAUCCUGAUCUAAUCGAUCGACAACGCACCUUACAACUUUUAGAAGCGUACUUCGAAUGUCAAUUUUAUCAUUGUGUCAUGAUGCAUCGUGAAACAUUUUAUUCAUCCUUCGUCAAUGGAAACACCGAUUUACUAUCAUCGCCGGUUGUUUGCUCAUUGUGUGCAGCUAUCAUUACUAUGCGAUGUCGGCAUAUUCGAGAAAUCAUCCCAUGUGAUAAGCAAGCGACUGCUCACACCUUUUACUUGAAUCGAGCACGUGAACUUAUUGCCACCAAAUUUGACGUUGCCACACUCGAGACGUUUAUGACAUUCUUGUUCAUCGCCCUUUAUUAUAUCAACUUGAUGCACCCAAUUCGAUCCAGGAAAUACCUUGAACUCGCUGUUCGGAUACGCCAUGUGCUCGCCAAAGACUAUGAGACCAACAAAGAUACCGACAUGCAUGAAUACGAGUUAUUCAAGCGAUUACACACGAUGCUCUUUGACAUUGCACAUCAAAUCGAUUUCUUCAACAAUCAUCGAGGUGUCCCUGAUGACAAUGACAACAGCAACAGCAGCAGCAGCACACAUGAUAAGAAUAGCAAUAGCGGCAGCUUACGGCAAAAGACACAACCCUUAUCCCCUGAACUCGCAAAACAGAUAUCACUCUCCAAGCAUACACCCACACCUCUGCCUGAUGAGAAAGGGGGUCAUUUACGGGCAUUGAUGAAAGACGUAUAUACAACACGCAUGAACGCUGUAUUACAUCCAUAUCUUUGUGCAACCCGCUUUUCCACCAAAGACACCAUCCCACAGUCCUUUGCCAUAAAAAUGGAGACGAUGUACAACCAUUAUUGCUUUACCGAGAUACCACCCGAAUAUCGACUCUCACUCACCAUUUUCGAAAAUGACCUCAGCGACGAUGAAUUUCAAUCACGGCUCACCAAUGAUCACCACUUGGAUAUCACGGCUGUGUGUCUUGCAAUACGUUAUUAUCAUGGUCUUAUCAGCAUCCAUGAGCCAUUCAUGCCAUCCCUCCCUCGCCAUUUUACACGUGCCAAUCAUCCUGAGCGCCCUCUUAUCAAUUGCGAUUACACCAGUGAACCCAAACCAUCCGAUAUCCUGUUAACUGAGCAGAUGGAAACCUAUCAUCUACGUGCACUUGAAGUAUGCCAUCGAUCAGCCAUCAUUAUCGUACGACUACUUGAAUUCCUUUCACACAAGAAAAACAUCUGCUGCUACAUGUUCAUGCCAUGUUUCCUCACAGCGUGGGAUAUCCUUAUGAGAAAUGCAUGCUUAGGAUUGGCGGAUCCAGAGGAGGCACAGAAAUACGCACCCAUUCGAGUACUCAAAUUAUCACGUGAUUAUUGUCUUCGAUGCGUCGAGCUGUUGCGAAAAGCAUUCCAUUUCAAUACCGGUGAUCGUAUCAUGUGGGAGCAUCAUCAAGAUGUUGAGAAUGAGAUUCUUUCAUCCUUAUUCGCUUCACGACCUUAUACAGCCGAUUAUUGGGAUCCUUUUAGCUCAACAAGUGCAUGGUGA